AUGCUUGGAUUAUUCCAAUUGAUCACCCCUCUAAUAUGGUAUACAAUCCUACUAGUUGCGGGUUUAAUAACAGUGGGAAACAUCAGUAUUAAUGGCUUGAUAGCAUUGAAAGGCUCUUUAGGAGGGCUGCGAAAGGUGGUGGUCGGUCUUCCUUGCUUGAACCGACUGUACUUCUCUCAUUUUGUGUACGGAAACUAUCAAGUUUCUGUAGGGAGGCUUCUUGUUAGCUUCCUGCAGGGCUAUGACAUAGAAUUGAAAGAUGUCGCUAUAAAUAUUGGGUCUAUUAACCAUCAAACAGUGCCGUCACCACGGAAAUGGGUAAGUAGCGAUGUGUUGGUCAAUUACAAAGUGCUGGCGCUUCUGCGAUUUCUGGGGCCUCGAAAAUUCGUUUUGAAGAACUUGACGCUUCAUUGGCCUGAAUGUGGCCUCAGUUGGCGAUGUGCAGCCAUUGAAAUCGGCGUUAGCUGGGCUCCAGGAAAUCUAGCGCCAGCUUUCGAAGUUGAGGUUACAGGCGUCGAGGACAGUCGUGGAACUCUCAGUCUUGCCACAAUCCAGUAUAAUCUCAAUCUAUGUUUUGAACAAGCCGUGCAACAAAAAAACUCAAAUCCCCGUUUGCGCCUUAAAUGCCACGAUCAUAGCCUCAUAUUGAAUGGACUCAGCAUUCAGAUUGACAGCACACCUUCUGAAGCCAACGAACUCACUGUCGUGCACAAUCAAAUGCCUUCGAAGAAAGCAACAGCAUGGGUUGAUAAUCCCCUUAUAAUUUCCGUACUGUCGUCUCUAACUGGUUUGGAUCUUCGACUGGAGAACGUAUCGAUCGGCGUAGGCGCUUCAUUUGCUAUCAAUUCAUGUGCCGUAUUUUUGUCCCUGAAUGCCAUUGAUGCUAUGCACCAUGGAAUGCUGGAUUCAUUCGCCAAUCUUGACGGAGCUCUCAUUCAUGAACUCGUCUUUACAAUAAAUUCCACAACCCUCCUUCUGAGCAAUGAACCGCUCUUGAGACUACCUUCGGUGACUUUGACCUCAGUGUCUAAUAUCGCGUCCACUCUUAUCAGUUUUAAAAGAACGCAUCCGGCAUUUGGAUGCACUUUGGCGGCAGUGGAUCCGUCCGUUACACUGACACAGAAACAACUAAUCGAACUAUGGGAGCUACUCACUCUGAGAAGGUCUCGGUCCGUGUCUCAACAUUCUUCAAAAGAUAACGGAUGGCUCAAUUUGUUUGGUCUUACAAAGUCCCCAGAUUUCGUGAGUAAAGUUCUCAUUUCCAACAUAUCAUUCACACUGAAAGUGUCGUCGUCAAAGCAUUUCGUGUUUCGUACUACUAAUGUGCAUGCUUUCGCUCAAAAUCAAAAUCGACUAAAGGCAACAGCAAAAGGUGUCGAAUACAGUGCAAACGACCCCAAGCAAACGAGGGACUACAUGGACAAUUUCUUGAAAAUCGAUAAGUUUAGUUUGACGUAUUUUUUGUUUGAUGAGAGUGACUUCUCGAAAAUAUACGAUCUUCCGGUCAUCCUAUUCAGCAAAUGGGAGUUUUUCGGUGAGAACCUCUAUUCAGAGAAAACGUAUAUCACCAGCACGCUGCGAAAUCUCAGUUUUUUGCUGGAAGACGUUGAGGUCAUUAGAACUGUUAUUCAUUAUGUCAACGAAUGGAGGGCAAGGUUGCAGUCUCAGAACUCACAAGUGUCGAAAGUGAGUAAGAAACCAAAGUAUUCUUUACAGCUUCGCUUGAAGAACACUAGCGCAUCUUUGCGAAUCUCCCAUUACCUUCCCCAUUAUCUGGAUAAGCUAGGAGCACCGAGAAAUCUCAGUGACUACACGCGAGGUCUGAUCUUUAAACUUCGGGAGGCCUAUCUAGAUUUUUCCUCCGAAGGGCAGAAAAUGCACAUUACCAACGGGUCAAUCCAAAAGUCGAUGGAGGACGACGCUGAGCCUGCAGUGACUGAUGAGUUGGCUUGCAUGGAGAACAUUGUUUUCGAAACUCGCGGUGAAAAAUACCACUCUCUGGUUCCUGCUUGCAGCGUAAGCUUUGAUGUCAAUACAGUUUGGCUUUUUUUCUAUUUGAGAACCAUUAUACAAGGCCUUUCCCAAACGAAGAAUACGAAAUCCUGGCGAAAGACGUUGUCGAGAGCAUCGAAAAUUAAUGACUUCCUCCAGAAUAUAGACGUUGAUGUUGUUUCGCUACUCAUCAAAAUCAAAUUGCCACACUCUAUCAAACUGUUCUUGGCCGUGAACAAUGGAGUUUUUAUCGGUGAGUAUAUGACUUUUCGGAUGGGUUCUUUCAAAGCUUUCACAACUUCUGUCUAUGAGUCGGACGAUAUAUUUGUUCCAGUACUUGCCUUAGAAAGGACAUCUGUAGAAGUGGACAAGUUGGCCUCCGAACAGCCUUUGGAAAUAAGAACCGAGACAAUAUGGGUGACGUUCGAGUACCACUUAAGGCUUUACAAAAUCCUGGACAAUAUAUGUACCAUGGUGAAAUGCAUCAAAACCAUUAAUCUGAACUUCAAGGACACUUCCAAUAUGAUGGCGCGUGAGCCGCAAAUGGAGGAACCCAGGAAAGUUUAUCCUAUAAACGUUCAAGCCAACGCAUUUUUAAUUAAGGUGGAAGAAGAUCCCUUUGAACAAGAGGUUGGGCUCAUUUUCAAGGUAGGGGUUACGGAGCAGCUUGAGCGCAUAGAAAAGCUAAAACUUUUAGAAAAGGAACUCUCUUUAAGAAUGACUUCCAACGGACCAACAAAUUCAGAUUCCAAAUACCUCAAACUUUUUGAGCAGUUUUCUGUGUCUUGGAUUAAUCGAAUCAAAAAAGCACGUUUAAAGUUUUUUGGAAGACCCUCUAUGAACAUGAGGAGCCUUUCUGCAGGUACUAGUUCUUUUGAUAUUUUAGAGGGCCUUAAUAGCACAAUUCUGAAGGUAGAAAUUGAGAAAGUGUCGCUCAAGCUAAGACAGCCCUCGUUUCCAUUGGAUGAAUGCCAUGCAUUUUUUUACAAAUAUGGUAAGAGGAUGCCUGAAAAUACGAGGUUCACCACAUUAAUACCGCUCGGAGUUGAGCUUUUAGGGUCUCGCUGUGAAUUUACCUUGAGAGACUACCCAUUGCCGAUCGUAUUUUUCCCUGAAAUUGGCAUUCGAGGUGACCUCAUUCUAGCGGAGAGGAUGCCGUCUCAGAAAUCAAAAAGAUAUGUUCAUGUGCCAUUCGUGCCUGGUGCAAUCGGCGAAGCCUAUUCAGCGACAGACUCGAUUUACGGUUCGAAUAUCAUUCGUACGCUAAACCCACUUAAGGCGUACAUGAACCUCAAGUGCCAAGUUAAGUCGGACAAACCUACGACUAUAACCUGGGGUAAGUCCCUUCAACCUGGCUUUCAGGCUGUCAUGAUUUGGUUCGAUUACCUGACCAAACCGCCAGUGGACCCAUCUGAGAAACUUGGGUUUUGGGACAAAUUUCGUCUUUUAUUCCACGGUUGCUUAAUUCUCGAGUGGCUUGAGGACAGUGAGUUUCAUUUGAACUUAAAAGGAUCUCACGACCCGUAUCUGAUAACCGACAUGGGUGCGGGGCUUUCUUUCUGUUGGAGGGGUGCUGUUCGACUUUCACUGCACGAAUCCUCGGACCCUACUGAAUUUCUCAAAAUAACGUCUCGUCAAUUCUUGCUUGCAAUUAGGGACUUCACGCACCCGCGGAGACUGGAUAAAGUUUUGAUGAAGCUCAGUGGAAACGUUACAUGGACAAUGGGAAUAUCAUUUGAGUCUGGAAACUUAAAGGAUCCUGGUAGUAGCGAAAGGUGCAGCGCGUUCAAACCACACUAUGAAAUUAACCUUUGCAACCCAGUAUUUUUAGAUCCGAACUCAAAUCAUGAUUCCUACGAUGGAUUUAGAAGUGACUUUAUUCACCUUUUCUUCCAGGUAAUGAAUGAAGGCAGUAAAGGAAGCUCCAACAAAGUGCAUUUAGCGCCUCAUUCUAUGACCCAUUUUUUUAGCUGGUGGAAUCUUUUCAGCACCUACACGUCAGGUCCUAUCCGGCAGGGUCCUUUAUUUCCGAACCUUGUUCAGAAUCCUAAGAAGUUUUCGAAAGCUCUGUUCACUGUCAAAUACGCACUUCAGUUGUCUCCUCUAAUGAUAUCGCAUACAUAUCUUCAUGCGGACUCGCAGCUUGGAAAUGAUCCCAACAAUGAGACAGCGUUCACAAGCUUAAAGGGCUCUUUCGACAGUCUGACCUUGGACCUUCAUCAGAAGAGAGUAAAGAUGAAUCACGCCGAUGAAAAACUGGAGCAUUCCCGAACGGUUUGGAAAUUCAAGAUGAAUGCUGGCGAAAUUGACUGUCGUAAAGCAGAUAUUCGACUAAUCUAUUCGAGGCUGAUUUCGUCAAAAGAAGAUCAUGGACACCUGAGAGAUGCACAGUAUUUGCAGGGCGAAGACAGUGGAACCUUUGCAUGCCCAAAAAAUGAUGACCCUGGUUCCAGCUGGUUUGAUAUGGAAGAUUACAACGAUGUCAAUCAAGUUAUCGGUAAAAGCUUUAUACCGCGUGUUUUCGACGACUUACCCUUGCUGUACUCUCCACGCAUAUCUUAUCUACGAGAGCUGAGCGAGGGCGAAGCCCUGACCUUUCCGUUUGGAGCUGAGAAUGAGCAUGAAUGUAAUUUGGGUCACAAUUAUCCAAUGGUGACUCAAGAGCUUCUGGCAAGAGCAAGGGCUCAUGAACUAGAGAAGCAGCUUGCGUUGAUCGAAAAGCUGAUCUCAGAACUGACUUUUAAAUCGCAAACCGCCGUCUAUCGCACAGAACUUGAUAAACGACUGAGAACUUUGCAUGCUCGGCUCCAUGAUUUUCGGCACAGACUUCAUAUCAUUCAUGUGGUGCUUGAAGACCUCAUGCUAUCGAAACUUCCGUCGGAGUCUUUGAUAUCUGACGAAAUCGAGAGUAGCGCCUCAAGUCACUUAGAAGCCUCGGAUGCCAAUUCUCAAAGGGAACUUUUAAAAGUCAAUACCCUAUCGUCAUUCCGCUCCAUGAGAAAGGCAACCAGCGCUUUUGUUAAAUCAUCUUUUGACAACCGAUUCAUUCUGCAUAACAUUUUACUCAAGGUUAACAACAAGACGCGGGAUGUGUUGCUGGAUUACAUCUUCAACGUUCUUAACAGAAAGAAAUCGAGUUUUUUCCAGACGUACAAGUCGGUGGCUCUCUUGGAUGAGCUCUUGAAGCUUAGACUUUGGAACAUACCAUCAGCACAGAUCAGAAAGGGAGAAGAUUUUCUGCAGGAGGACACCUUAUCAAAUGCCGAGUUGGCUCGGCGUUGUGAGGAUAUCAUACGGCAAGUCGCAGAAGACGGUCUCGAGGCAUCUGAUACUUAUCAGGUCAAGUUCGUUUUGCCACAGAUUCAAGUUACUUCAGAGGAGGUCUCUCAGAAAUGUAUUUUGGUUACAGCCAGGGAUAUCGAAACAUCAAUUGUAGAAAUUAAUCAGGUUCAAUGUUCUUUAAGCCACAAUGCUCCGCUUGACGUCAACAGCCUGGUUGAAACAAGGUAUGCAACGAAGCUGAAUGAGGCACACUUCUUCAUUUUGGACAGAGAUGACUUGUCGGCAGAGAACGGUCUCGGAUUCGAGUUGAAUGGCUACGGCAUGGACAGUGACUCGGCUUUUUGGCCGCCUUGGCUCCCAAUGGAAAUGUGCUACAACUGUGAAUCACUCAAGGACUCUGUUUUUCUGCAGCGAAAUGACAUGAUCAUGUUGUUUACACAGCCCAAUUCUUUGUUCUUUCAGAACCAAAUGAACAAGGUGGGUAGACGUGAAGCAAAAGUCCGAAUUGGUUUCCCCAAGCUUACUUUAGCUUCCAAUUCUGACCAAUAUUCUUCCAUAUAUGCCAUUGCCGCAGAAAUGCUGCACUUUGCAUCUAGUUUCGACAAGAAAGCUGACAAGCUUUCGAAAGUUAUGCUGGCCGAGGAAGUGAGGAACAACUUGGACAAGCUGGAUGUAUCGAUAAUUGUUGACCUUCAAAACUCUAUCAAAAACCUAGACAGGACAAGAGCCUACCUGAGGAUGCAUGAUCCUAAGGGAUACCGUGAUGUUGCACAAAGUAUUGCAACAGAGUUAGAUUCAGCUGUUUUGGAAUUAAAUCUUCUGAUGAGUGCCAUCAAGAAAAAUCACGACAAAAUGAGACUUUCCAACGAGUAUAGUGACCAUCAAGAAUUAUUAUAUUGGCAGAUUGGAGCGGAUGAAGUAACAUGGAGAUUACUGGAUGACCAAGAAAACGAUUUUGUCUUGUUUGAGCUGGGAUCAACCAGUUUUGUUAGAUCGCAGGCUUUGGACGGUACAAACAGCAAUAGACUCACCAUCAAGUCACUAGCAUGUUUCAACCUGCAAAAGAAUGCCAUCUACAGGAACUUGCUUGGUCCUUACGAGGAGAUCAUCGAAAGUGCCAAACCGCUCAUAGAAAUAUCUUGGCUUGUGGGACCGUCCGUGGGAGGGAUUUCGGAUUUAGUCAGGCUUGUCGUUCUUCUUGAGCCAUUUGUAUUCAAGAUGGAUCAUUGUACGUCAGACAUUCUGCUGCGAUUUUUGUUCCCGGAUAAAGGCAAUGGUGAUCUCUCAGUUUCUAGCCCGGCAGCCCCGCGCGACUCAAUAUCGAGCAGCUCUCGGGAAAACUCCACGAUCAUUAAUCUCAACUGGAGGCUGAAGGGCAUGUCCUCGAACUUGCCAUCUAUGUCGGUAAGAAAUCCUGGUCGGUAUGUAUCCCCCACGCCUUCUGCUCUUUUUAGCCGGAACACGCAAGAAUUGAAUGAGAUGGUGGACAGAUCGUCCCGUUACUUCAAUGUUGGGUCAGUGCUCAUUCAAAAGGUGACGAUGUCGAUAAGCUAUAGAGGUUCACGAAGCGUCAUCACAAAUGUUGAUGGCCUAACUGUAAAGGUCCCUACCUUGCGAUACACUAAUCGGUUGUGGUCUCGCGAAGAAUUUAUUGCCACGCUCAAAAAGGACAUUAUAAAAAUAGUGCUGCAGCACACUGGUAACAUCAUUGGCAACAAACUCACAUUGCAUAAAAGGGGGAAAGAAGUUGAGCGUCUGGGAACGUUGAGUAGAAUCAGUUCAUCUGCCUCGGGAAAUUCGCACUCUGCCAGGUUCCCAGAAUCAACAGUUACGCCUCGUCGACACACGACACCCCUCCAGCCCCAUGGGCAAGCACUGAUUCAACAUGUUAACUCAGAUGCGUCGUCGACUAGCGCCAGUGUGGACGGCUUCUUUCCUGUUACGCUUGAUGGGUCGACAGCGAGGUGA